AUGAUUGUGUCCAAUAGUUGUUCAGGAUAUUUAGAUGACUCAGGUGUCUGGAACAAUGGUUUCAGUUGUCAACCAAUUAAUAAUCGAGUUCGCGUUUGUUGUGGUCCAGAAAAUCGACGUGAAUGUUGUUUUGCCGAUGAACUACCUCAUCGAUCGAAUUCAUACAUUGAUUCUGAUAAUUUAUCAUCAAACAAAAGUCUAUCUCCUUUCGAUAUUACAUCUUCUCCAUAUACAUAUAUUCUCAUUGCUAUUGGACUCACCUUGAUUCUACUUAUCGUAUUACUCAUCACAUUUAUCUACAUUAUUCGCCGUAAACUAAAUGGAUCAUCGUCAUCGUCCUCGUCGUCAUGUUCGUCUGAUACAUCUUCAAUGAACAAACAAUGCCGUCGUUUAUCACUUACUGUAGCUACUAGUUCAUCAAAAAGUAGUACAAGUAGUCCUGUUCCAAGUACAUAUGUUGACUAUUGGUCACGUACCAUUGUUUCACCAUCUGAAUGGACACUUACGAAGCCGUAUAAUUCAUUUACUGGAGGACCACAUAGCAGCAAUAAUCUUAAUUAUUAUAUUGACUAUGGUAAUAACUAA